AUGCGCUCAAGCCUUUGGUGCCAAUUGCACAAUCUUUUCAGCAGCUGGGUCCAAGUCCUCGAAGGCGUACAAUUUGAGACCAGAGUUCUCGAUCAACUCCUUGGCCUUCUCCAUGUUGGUACCUUGCAAUCUAACGACAACUGGGAUGUCCAACUUAAAGUUCUUGGUAGCAGCGAUCAAACCCUCAGCAACGUAGUCACAUCUGACAAUACCACCGAAAAUGUUCACGAAAAUACCAUUCACUUUCUUGUCGGACAAGAUCAACUCAAAGGCCUUCUCAAUAGUCUCUGGAGUGGCAGUACCACCACAGUCCAAAAAGUUAGCUGGCUCACCACCGUACAACUUGAUGAUGUCCAUGGUAGCCAUGGCCAAACCAGCACCGUUGACGAUGUUGGCAAUGUUACCGUCCAACUUGAUGAAGUUCAAGCCAUACUUGCUAGCUUCAGAUUCUUGUGGGUCUUCUUGAGUUGGGUCUCUCCAAGAAAAGACUUCUUCUUGUCUGAAAGAAGCAUUGUCAUCAAAACCUAA